GGCAGUGGAUUGGUUGAUUGAUAAUGGGUGUGCCAACUCAAGAGAAGAAGCUGUUCAUCUAGGACAAGAUAUUCUAGAUCUUGACAUUAUUCAUCAUGUCGUUGAUGAUCAUAUGUUUGAGGACAAGCCCCUGUAUUAUAGAUUCAGACAAGAUGACCCACCUACAUUAUCACCAUCUGGUCCAAGUGUUGCAUCACUGAAGUCCGAAUGUGGUACAAAGUCUGGUUCAGCACACAAGAAAGGUUGGGUAAAAUGGUCAGCUUGUUACUUGGUGCUCAAACAAGGUGGAGAUACUUUGUAUGAAUACAAGACUGAAUUGGAUUCAACACCAAAUAAAGUAUUUCCUUUGAAAGAUUCUUCAAUCAAGAUUGAUAAGACUACCAAAAAUACCUUUACUAUUUCAUUCCCAGAUAUACAAAUAUCAGUGCUUCGUCUUUCCUUUAUUAAUGAUGAUGAAAUGCUGUCAUGGAUCAAGGCUUUGGCAUCCUCUGGUGUAGAUACAGGCCAAAUGGAAGAGGAUGUUGAUGACCAAAUUAAAUCCGCAACUUCUAUCUAUGCAUUCAAAGCAAUGGACAUUGAUGGCAACAUGAUAAGUCUUGACAAAUAUAAGGGACGAGUCACUUUGAUUGUCAAUGUCGCCUCCUUCUGAGGUCUUACCCAGAAGAACUACACUCAGCUUGUGGAACUGCACUCCAGAUAUGCUGAGAAAGGCUUGUGUAUUCUAGCUUUCCCCUGUAAUCAGUUUGGAAAACAGGAUCCUGAACCUGUCAUUAAAAUGUUUGCUGAAAAAUUCAACGUACAGUUUGACAUGUUUUCAAAAGUGAACGUAAARGGCGCGAAUGCUAUUCCUUUGUACAAAUACUUGAAGAGUCAGCWGAAAGGRACAUUGGGAAGUUUUAUCAAGUGGAAUUUUGCUAAGUUUUUGUGUAAUCGAGAAGGCAAACCUGUCAAGCGAUACUCCCCUCCUGUGGCUCCUUUGGACAUCGCAAGUGAUAUCGAAAAACUGCUGUAGGAAGAUGACUUCUACAAUUAUCAACUCAAAACUACAUAUUCUUACGUCACAUUACUAACUACAUAUUAUUUUGGUAACCUUACAUCACCAUAUCGCUCUGCACAGUCAUACGAAACUUACUUACUGUCACCAAAGUUAUCGAACUUCGUUACCGCUACGCMUCACUUACCGCGCAUUUACCUCCGUAAAGUCACUUUUAUUCCGCGUUGCAUCAUGCAUCAAUGCCGUUUCUUACUGGAAAACAGUCGCGCACUUUAAAAGUUGUCAAUUUGAUGUAAAUAUGAUGUAAGUGUCCAAAAUGAUGUAAAUCUGUUACAUCAAAUUUACAUCCUUUAAAGUGCGCGAUUUUUUCCAGUGUACUUACUGUCAAUCGUUGUCAUAAGCAACCGUCACUACUGCGUACUCAUAUACUUAACAACACCACCGUUAGCUACCAUACGUAGCUACGUAACCUCUGUCAUUCUACAUCGCCAUCUUUAGUUACAUCACAUUUCUUUGUCACUUGACGCAGCUUAGCAUCACCGUUUUUACUUGCGUGAAUAUACCGCAAGAGCUACAUUUACGUUACAGUUAUGUAUCUUCGCACGCAUCACGUCGUUUACAACCACCUCGUACUUUUUUACGGAAACGUUUCUUAAUCGUCACGUUGCUUACGAUCACGUUAGCCUUUUGCACCACGCUAUCUAGUCUCCCUCGCAGCCCUCCAAAAAGGGACAGGAAGCCCGACAAAAGGGGAGGCUGCGAAGGAGACGAACUCACAURUCGUUACUCUUCGCUUUACCACAGGCAACCCAAGCAAAGCAUUUGAUUCAAAAUUGUUUU